AUGUCGACAACUCGAUAUAACAUACCAAUUCCCGAAUCGCUUACGAUUUUGGAAACCCGCCAAGAGCUCAACGAUAUGGCAAGGAAAUACUCACUAGGAUCUCUGGCUGAAAGGAAUGGGGAAUACUGUCUCCUGGACCACGAUGCUACUGUGUUAGCGAUUGCCUCGGACUCCUUAUGCGAGGAACUCGACGCUACAAUACAAGAAGCGAUCCGGUACCAUGAAACUCAGACAGAGGCCUGA